AAGUGUCUCGCUUUGCCCAGCCUGGGCCGCAUGCUGUGCUCCUGGGUUGCGAGACCUGUGCAUCAGUGACAGACGAACUACGCCUGUGAGAUGCAGAACACCUGGAGCAGCUGGGAACGAGGAGUUUGGAGCCACCAUGGUGCUGUUCACCAGAGGAAACGAACUGGGCCUCGUGUCCAUGGAACAACGCAUCCUCAGCAGUGGACCUGCACUCCAAAGACUGCUCCAGAAGUGUGGGAACAGAUACCACGUCUUAGACAGAAGAAGCAAAGGGGAGGGGCUGCAGCUCCAAGAGCUGAUAAGGAAGCUGGAGCUGAUGGUGGAGGGGAAGAAGGAGGGAAGUGGCUAUUUUAAAAUGGACAACACAGUCCUGUUGGGACUGGAGGCAGACAAGAAGAGGAGAGCGAAGGAGAGGAGGAAGAAACAGAGGCAGAUGGAGGCACAGAUACAGAGAGGAUCCAUCAGAGACGCCAUCAUCAAUGAUGGUCUCCAGGUCUCUGAGCUUGAUGCCCACCAUUCCUUUUCCAAGGUGUCUCGACGUCUACCUGAGAUCAGGCUGGUUCUCCUGGGUGAGAGAGAGACAGGAAAAAGUUCUGCUGGGAAUGCCAUCCUGGGAAGAGCGGGGAUCUUCCAGGCAGGCGCAGUAACGGAGGAGUGCAUCUGUCACAUGGAGGACCUUGCCAUGAGACUGGUGACGGUGGUGGACACGCCGGGCUGGGAGGGAGGUGUGGCAGGCACAACGCAAGAAAGAGUGAAAAGGGAGAUUGUGGCGAGUGUGACGCUGUGCCCUCCGGGGCCUCAUGCGCUACUGCUGACUCUGAGGGUGGACACACUGGUGAGGGCAGGACAUGUGAGGGAACAUCUGGAGCUUCUUGGAGAAGGCGUGUGGAGACACACGGUUUUGUUAUUCACCCAUGGAGAUCAGCUCCGAGAGGGGGUGGACAUUGAACAGCACAUCCAGAGUGGAGGCAGAGAGCUACAGUGGCUGUUGGAGAGGUGCAAAGGCAGGUACCACAUCAUCAGCAGCACAGAUGGAGGCAGCACCUCCACACAGGUGACAGAGCUUCUGGAGAAGAUCGAAAAGAUGGCAGCAGGGAACCGAUGUGAGGCCUUCUCCGGCCUUGUUCAGGAGGUCAGGGAUCUAAGCAGACAAAAGAAUGACAAGUUCAAGCGGCGCCUGAAGGAGAUGGGAGAUAAGAUGCUCCGUCAGGAGGCCGAGCUGAAGAAGAUGAGGGAACGAGAGAUGAAGAGCAUCAGGUGGUUUUUUGACAGGAAGAAGAAGUUUAAAUCAGCCGGGAAGGUAGAAGCUGAAAGGGACGAAGGAGAGGAUGAGGAGAAGGGGAGCAGUGAAAGGAUAAAUGAAAUGAGUGAACUAGAGGAGAGGAUACAGUGGCUGACGGAGGACAAAGAGAGAGAGAUUCAAGAUCUGAGCCUAGAAAAGGAGCGAAACCUCGCAGCACUACAGCAGAGUGGACAGGAGAGGGCAGAGGUCAUGCUCAAACUAGAGAUGAAGGAGCGAGAGAUCGAAGAGCUGACAGAAAGAAUCGACGAGCAACAGGCAAAGGUACACGACCUGGAACGUGCCAGCGUAGAAAACAAGCAGGAGAUGAAAAGGCGAGCUGAAGCUUUUAGAGUGAGGGAACGGGAGUGGAGGAGAGAGGAGGAGAAACUGAGAACAAAUAUAGAGCUGCAAAAGAAAGAGAGAGCAGAGUGGAUGGAGAAAGCCUGUUCUUUAGAAGCAGAAGUGGAUGAGUGUAAAAAGCAACAUAAUCAUUUUCUUUUGUGGCAGGAAGGAGAGGACAAGAGAAGAAUGGAAGAGAAAAACAGGGAGAUGGCAGAAGUGGAAGGAAAGCUGAGGUGUGAGAUGGAAAGAAAACUUCUCGAAGAAGACAAAGAGAAAGAAGAACUGAAACGAGCUGUCCUCGACAGAGAGGCAACGCUGGAGAGCCUCCGACAAAACAAGAGAGAUGCGGAGGAGAAAAUCAAUGAGCAAAUAAAAGAGAUGGAGAGAGAGAUGCAAGAAAAACAGAAAGAAAUAGAGAACAUCAAGCUGUUGCAUCAGGAGGAAAUGGACAGAAAAAUCAGUCAAAUAGAAAAAGAGAUGGAAAGGACGAGAGCUCAAGGCCAAGAAGAGAGAGUUAAAAACAUGGAAGAAAGGGAAGAAGCCAUGGAGAGGGUUAAAGAGAAGCACCGCCACGAGAUAAGGGCCAUGAAAGAAGAAAAACAGAAAGAGGAGGAAGAGCUGAAGCAGCACUUUGUGAAAGAUACGGAGAAAAGGCUGCAAGCAAAAGAGAGAGAGAUAACAGAAAUGAAAGCAAAGUUUGCCGCCAAGCUCGAGGAAAUCAGUCAAGAAAAUGAAAAGGAGAAAGAAAUUAUUCAUCAGAGGCACAAAGAAGAUGAAACACAAAAAAUGCAGGAGAAGGAGAAAGAGACAGAGAGCUUAAAACUGCAGCAGGAGGAAGAGAUGAGAAGAAAGACAAAUGAAAUUAAAAAAGUAACGGAUGCAAAAAGAGCCGAACUGGAAAGAAAACUGAAAGAAAAGGAGACAGAGUUAAACAAAGUCCAAAAACAGUUUGAUCAAGUAAAAGAGUUGGAGAAAGAAAGACAGAGAGAAAUUAAAGAGCUGAGAGAACAGUUUGCAGAAGAAAGUGAGAAACAACAGCAGGAAAAGGAGAGAAAAAUAAACGAAUUACAGCAAAAGCACGAGGCCCAAAUAGACGAAAUGUGGCUAGAAAACAAAAAAGAGAAAGAAACAAUUAAUCUUAGUCAUCAAAAGCACAUGAUGCAAAAAAUGCAGGAGAAGGAGAAAGAGAUAGAGAACUUAAAACUGCACCACGAGGAAGAGAUGAGCAGAAAAAUGAAUGAAAUGAUGGAUGUAAAAACAGCUGCACUGGAAAGACAACUGAAAGAAAAGGAGACAGACUUAAACAAAGUCCAAAAACAGCUUGAUCAUUUGAUGAAGGAAAGACAGAGAGAAAUUAAAGAGCUGAGAGAACAGUUUGCAGAAGAAAGUGAGAAACAACAGCAGGAAAACGAGAGAGAAAUAAAAGAAUUACAGCAAAAGCACGAGGCCCAAAUAGACGAAAUGUGGCUGGAAAACAAAAAGGAGAAAGAAACAAUUAAUCUUAGUCAUCAAAAGCACAUGAUGCAAAAAAUUCAGGAGAAGGAGAAAGUGAUAGAGAGCUUAAAACUGCACCACGAAGAAGAGAUGAGCAGAAAAAUUAAUGAAAUGAAAGAAAUGAUGGAUGCAAAAAGAGCUGAACUGGAAAGACAACUGAAAAAAAGGGAGACAGACUUAAACAAAGUCCAAAAACAGCUUGGUGAUCUGGAGAAAGAAAGACACAGAGAAAUUAAAGAACUGAGAGAACAGUUUGCAGAAGAAAGUGAGAAACAACUGCAGGAAAAAGAGAGAGAAAUAAAAGAAUUACAGCAAAAGCACGAGGCCCAAAUAGACGAAACGUGGCUGGAAAACAAAAAAGAAAAAGAAAUAAUUAAUCUUACUCAUCAAAAGCACAUGAUGCAAAAAAUUCAGGAGAAGGAGAAAGAGACAGAGAGCUUAAAACUGCACCACGAGGAAGAGAUGAGCAGAAAAAUGAAUGAAAUGAAAGAAAUGAUGGAUGCAAAAAGAGCUGAACUGGAAAGACAACUGAAAGAAAAGGAGACAAACUUAAACAAAGUCCAAAAACAGCUUGGUGAUCUGGAGAAAGAAAGACACAGAGAAAUUAAAGAACUGAGAAAACAGUUUGCAGAAGAAAGUGAGAAACAACUGCAGGAAAGAGAGAGAGAAAUAAAAGAAUUACAGCAAAAGCACGAGGCCCAAAUAGACGAAACGUGGCUGGAAAACAAAAAAGAGAAAGAAAUAAUUAAUCUCAGUCACCAAACCGAUAUGAUGCAAAAAAUGCAGGAAAGAAAUAAAGAAAUGGAAGAGUUGAAAAAUCAGUAUGUCAUGGAAAUGCAGAGAAAACAGCGAGAACAUGAAAGCACAAAAGAAAAGCUCAUAGAGGUGGAGCACAGAUUGGAAGAAAAAGAAAGAGAAAUUGAAGAGAUGAAGAUGAGAGUGAAUGAAAUGAUGCUGCAAAGUGCAGAGAAAGAGGAGGCUCAUUUAAAGGAAACCAAACAAGUGGAGCAAAGCUUGAAAAAAAGGGAGGGAGAAAAAGAAGCACUGAAAGAAGAUUUGAAACAGCUGGAACAAAAGCUGCACCAGAUAGAAGAGGAGAACUUAAACCACUUGAAAACCCUCCAGCAAAAAAACGAAGAAAACGAAACGUUAAAACUGCACAUCAAGAAUACUGAAAUAAUCCUGCAAACAUCAGAGGAAGCGAGGGAGCAAAUCCUUCAAAAGGAAAAGAAAGAGGCAGAAGAGAGAACGAAAGAGCUGGAAGUGAUGAAGCUGGAGGUUUUACAUGACACCGACAGAAAGCUAAAAGAAAAGGAAAGCGAGAUAGAACGGAUGAAACAGGAAGCUGAGAUCAGGGAGAAAAGAUGGAGAGAAGAGCAGAAGAAGAAGGAGGAGAAGGCAGAGAGCCAGGCAAACAGACUGAUGGACAUCAUAGACAACAAAACGAAAGAGAUCACAUGUAUUGCUGGCCAGAGAGACGCUGCAAUCGACGAGGCGAGAAAGACGAGUGAAACCUACUUGAGAGAAAUGGAAGAGCUGAGAGAGAGCAGCAAAACAGAACAGAGGCAAAAAGACAAAGAAGUGAUGGAAAAACUGCGCGAGAGAGAUGAAGAGCUUGAACACCUGAGGAAGAAAGACGAGGAGAACGACAAAGAGGUCACACAGCUGAGGCAAACGAUCGAUCAAACCAAGUCCGAGCUGAAGGAGCUGACGAGCAAGAUGGAGAGAGAGAUGACCGACAUGAUCGAGGAGUACGAAAAGGAGAUCCUGAGAAGGGCCGGAGCCGCGGAGAAGGAGAAGGAGAACACUGUGAGCGGACUGCAACGCCUGGAGGAAGAAAGCCAGCGAAGCCUUUUGGACGUCAUCCAGAAAUAUGAGCAAAGUCAGAGGAAAGUCGAGGAGCUGCAGGAGCAAAAUGAGAAGAUGAGAAGAGAAAGAGAUGAUGGUGAGAGAAAAGUGAAGGAGAUGAGGGAACAUCUGGAACAGGUAAACAGUGAGCAAUCUGAAAUCAAUAGUGUUCUGGAAGUGAGGGAGGAGGAGGUGAGAACACUGAGAGAGGCCAACGACAAACUACGAGUCGAGAUUGAUGACAUAAAAGAGAGAUUUGGUGAAAGUGAACCAGAAGUGCUCAAACAGGGGUUUGAAAAGAGGCAGCGAAAAGCUAGCGAGAGUCAAAAUGAAGAAGAGUUGAACAAAAAAGGGCAUAAACUACACCUCAAAGUGGAAGCCAGAACAUCAGAAAGUAAAGAUGAAGAACUGAGAAAACGGGAAGCAAGUCUAGAAGUCAAAGAAAGAAAUAUCGAGCAAAAGGAAGCGGAGCUCAAGUAUUUGUUGAAAGCACUGGAAGGCAAACAGAAGGAGCUGAACUCUCACGGUCUAGACCUUCAGAAGAAGGUAAAGGGGCUGAAAGAGCAGGGCAAAGAGUUAAAGGACAAAGAGUGUCACUUGAGAAGUGAAGAACAGGGGCUGCUUGAGUGGAAGUCAGAAUUAGAGACGCGGAACCAGCAUGUGAUCGAGACGAUGCAACAGUUAGAGCAGAUGAGAAAAAAGCUGAUGGUGCUGCAGGAAAAACUUCAAAACAGAGAAAAAGAUCUAAAGGUGUCGGCUGAAAAACUGACCACAUGGCAGAAGUGCCUUGAAGAAAGGGAGGCAGAGCUGUGUGCAAAACAGGAAGUCUGCGAGAGUAAGAAAGAGCAGAGAGGUGAAGAGGUGACGGACUGGUUCGAUUUUACGGAUGCAGAUUUUUGUGUGGAUGUGGACGAGGAAGAGGUGUUUGAAACGGGAAAAGAAGCAGACAGAGGUAACAUUCCGAAGACAGCACAGUCAGCUGCAGACAGUAAAACACUAAAAGAGAUGGAGAUGUUUGAGGAAACACAGGGGACGAGAGAUAAAGGAGAUAAACAGGAAAUAGAAAGGACAAGUGCAGAUUUUAAGGUGUUAUCUCAGGGAAACAUCAGGAACAAAUAUUCUUCUGGUUCAGAUCUGCGGGUGGUACUGUUGGGGGAGAUGUGGUCACCUCGCUCCCCUGCAGGAGUCACCACCAUCCUGGGCAGGGAGGAGGUCCUAAAGCCUGUCAGAUCCUCCUUCAGGUCUUGGAGAGGUCAGAUAGCUGGGCGCCACCUCUCUGUUGUAGAACCGCUCGGGCUGAGGUGGAGAAACGGGCCAGACUCGCACACCAACUCAACACAGAAGAGGAGCCUCCUCAGCAGCCUCACCUGGUGUCACCCCGGACCCCACGCCGUCCUCCUGGUCAUACCCGCCUUCCUGAACUGCACGCAGAAGUAUAAACACGCAGUGGAGGAACAUAUGAGUUUGUUCGGGGAGGGGAUUUGGCAGCGGACCAUGGUGCUGUUCACGUGGGGGGAAACGUUAAGGGAGAGCGCAGAGCAGCACGUCCUCAGGAGCGGUGAGCUGAUGGGGCUUGUGGAGCGAUGCGGGGGCAGAUAUCACAUACUGAGCAGCAAAAAAAGCCCCGCUACAGUCGAAGCAUUAUUAGAGAAGAUAGAGGACAUGGCUGCUUCCACACGCAGAGAGACGCAUGUGGUGUAACAGGAAGUCCAGACUCCAGGCGGUGCCGAUACCGAUAUUCAGGAGUAAAAAAAUAAAUUAUGGUACCUAUGUAUCUACUGAUAUAUACAUAAAAAACAGGAACGAUUCCUAACAUUUCAUUAAUGUGAGCAAGGGGUGAUGGGGUCCCAGCCAUGAUUGACAGCAGUGCUGUGCUGUCAUAGCACCAUCUGCUGGGCGAACUAUGUAUUCACUCAAUUUCCAACGGCCAAAGUAUUUUUCUGGAGUGUUUAUUCUGUAAAAUAAAAGUUUUCAUAUCUGCAAAAAUAACGCAGAUACCGAGAUGUUCGUGAAACACUUAUAUCAGCAGGUCAGGCUCUAGUCCAGAUCCAAGACAUCAAAUCACAAUGCGUUAGUGCAGCUUUUGACUUUGUGUAUGGACGUGGAGAGCCGCCUUUCAUGUCAAAACUGUUUUUCCACAGUGAUAAUCAGACACAGUAUUAGUGCAUUAGGUCUCCUACCACCUUAUUGAAGCCAAGUCACAGUUCCAAAAGACUUUCUGGUCCAGACCGGGAUCCAGAUAUGGACUCUGGGUCUUUUUUAACAUGUGGAAAGGUUUCUUUCUUUAUAACUAACAGUGACUUUGAUGAAACCAGUGAGUAUCACAUGACACACAAUAAAGUGACACUUUGAGCCAAUAUGGAUCCUGACAUUUCAGUAAAAGGUACCUUGAGAGAGGAUGAUUCAAGGUGUAACUCGAGGGCACUCGGAGACUCGCCUCUGACAAUUUGGAGGUAAACCAACUUUCCACAAAACUGAACUGAAAUUCCCCCCAGACAGACGGGGGUAAUAACAUCACCUGCACACUCAGGAUGAUCCCAAAGUGACAUUCAAAGACUCUGGCCUUGGCAGAGGAAUGCGCUCCAGAGUGCUUUUCUAGUUAAACACCUUGGACUUUUACAUGAAUAUGCAUGAACUAGUGUGUAGUCCGUGGGGAUCCACGGGCUCUAGAUUGGGUAGUGUUUAUACACUGACAUUUUUCAAGGGUGGUAAUAAAUUAA